AUGCAGUUAUUUAUAAUUCAAAUUGUUUCAGUUCCAGACCAUAUUAGACCCAGAGUUUGCUCGCUUCCAGAAAAAACAAUUAAUCCCAGAUUGAGCGACGACCUUUAUCGACUCAGAACUUUCAGUAUUACUAAUAAAGGAGUCGUCAAUUGUGGCGAUUCUAUAAUCAAUCGAAGAUCUCGUUCGAAUACCAGCGUUAAUUCAAUGACUAGUCGAUCUAAUGUAUCAGGCGAACGUUCCCCUUUCGACGGUUCCUGUUGCGGUUCCGGGUAUCACAGCGUCGGUUCCGAUUCGUUUGACUCUGUAAAUGAGUCUGAAAUACCCAAAUACAGGGUGAUCACAUUGGGGGAUGCUGGAGUGGGCAAAACUGCCUUGGUUUCCCAAUUUAUGACGUCCGAGUAUAUGAACACUUAUGAUGCUAGUUUAGAUGAUGAGUUUGGAGAAAGGACUGUUUCCAUAUUACUCGACGGCCAAGAAUCAGAAAUGGUAUUUAUUGAUCAUCCAGCUUCGGAAAUGUCUGUUGAAAAUUCAUUGAGUACUUACGAACCUCACGCCUGCAUUGUCGUCUAUUCAAUCACCACUAGAUCAACUUUUAAAACUGCAGAAGAAAUUUUGAACUAUUUAUGGAACGAAAACUACACCAAAGACAAAAGCGUUAUUGUUGUGGGUAAUAAGGCAGAUCUGGCAAGAUCAAGAACAAUAACACAAAAUGAAGGUAAAGGUUUAGCUGUAGCGAAAGAUUGCAAAUUCAUCGAGACAUCUAGCGGUAUCCAGCACAACGUGGACGAACUUUUAGUAGGCAUCCUGAAGCAAAUUCGACUGCGCGAGUCUUUGGAAAAAAAAAAAUCGAUGACGAAAGAGAAAAGUAAAAUGAAAGGGUCGAAAACGAGCCUCAGAUUGCACUUUGCCAAAGAAAUUUUGCAAAAAAUUUGUUUGAACGACAUCAGCAAGUCUAAGAGUUGUGAAAAUUUACAUGUUUUGUAAGGAAUUUUGAUGGGGCCAAAUAUACUUUAAAAAUUACUUUGGUAAUUCAUCUUUGAUGGAUGUAUUUAUGGUAUUUGUUGCUGUAAUAUUUCUGUUUUAAAUCAACCCAGUAAACACAGUGAUGUAUACACAAAAAAUACGAAAUAUCAAUUUUACAUCUACAUUAUGCAUAAUUUUAAUUAAGUAUUCAUUUGCAAUUUAGAGAGGAGUGAAAGGAAGGUUUGAAGCAGGUUUAAGGAAAUUUUCAAGUUGCUCGAGUGAAAACUUUGAAAAAUACAGCCUAAAAUAGUUUGAUUAAUAAGAAAAUUUUUCUAUGAUUUAGACACAAGGAUGUAAAUGAUUUUAUUUUCAACCACAUAUGUAAUGUUGACAUUGCAGGUUUUUCAAAAUCUUGAAAGUGUCACAUUUCUGGACUUUGACAUUUAUCGGGACGGUAAUGCAUAUGCCUGCCUAGGACGGAAAAGCAUUUUCCGUCCGGGACGGCAAAUGCUUUUCCGUCCCCAUUUCCC